AUGCGCCCGUCCAGCGUCCUGCACCGCUUGGCCUCGCUGCUGCUGUGGUUGAACGUGCUGGGCCUGGGCCGGGGCCAGUUCCAUGGGGAGAAGGGCAUCUCCAUCCCGGACCACGGCUUCUGCCAGCCCAUCUCCAUCCCGCUCUGCACCGACAUCGCCUACAACCAGACCAUCAUGCCCAACCUGCUGGGCCACACCAACCAGGAGGACGCGGGGCUGGAGGUGCACCAGUUCUACCCGCUGGUCAAGGUGCAGUGCUCGCCCGAGCUCAAGUUCUUCCUGUGCUCCAUGUACGCGCCGGUGUGCACGGUGCUGGAGCAGGCCAUCCCGCCCUGCCGCUCCAUCUGCGAGCGGGCGCGCCAGGGCUGCGAGGCGCUCAUGAACAAGUUCGGCUUCCAGUGGCCCGAGCGCCUGCGCUGCGAGAACUUCCCCCGCCACGGGGCCGAGCAGAUCUGCGUGGGGCAGAACCACUCGGAGGACGGCGGCUCCCCGGCGCUGCUCACCAGCCCGGCGCCGCUGCCCGGUCAGGGCACCCCGGGCGCGCCGCGCUACGCCACGCAGGAGCACCCGUUCUACUGCCCGCGGGCGCUGCAGGUGCCCAGCUACCUCAACUACAAGUUCCUGGGCGAGAAGGACUGCGCGGCGCCCUGCGAGCCGGCCCGCGGCGACGGCCACAUGUUCUUCAGCCAGGAGGAGGUGCGCUUCGCCCGGCUCUGGAUCCUGGUCUGGUCCGUGCUCUGCUGCGCCUCCACCUUCUUCACCGUCACCACCUACCUGGUGGACAUGCAGCGGUUCCGCUACCCGGAGCGGCCCAUCAUCUUCCUGUCGGGCUGCUACACCAUGGUGUCGGUGGCCUAUAUCGCGGGCUUCGUGCUGCAGGAGCGCGUGGUGUGCAACGAGCGGUUCCAGGAGGACGGGUACCGCACGGUGGUGCAGGGCACCAAGAAGGAGGGCUGCACCAUCCUCUUCAUGAUGCUCUACUUCUUCAGCAUGGCCAGCUCCAUCUGGUGGGUCAUCCUGUCCCUCACCUGGUUCCUGGCCGCCGGCAUGAAGUGGGGCCACGAGGCCAUCGAGGCCAACUCGCAGUACUUCCACCUGGCCGCCUGGGCCGUGCCGGCCGUCAAGACCAUCACCAUCCUGGCCAUGGGGCAGGUGGACGGGGACCUGCUGAGCGGGGUCUGCUUCGUGGGGCUGCACAGCCUGGACCCGCUGCGCGGCUUCGUGCUGGCCCCGCUCUUCGUCUACCUCUUCAUCGGCACCUCCUUCCUGCUGGCCGGCUUCGUCUCGCUCUUCCGCAUCCGCACCAUCAUGAAGCACGGCGGCACCAAGACCGAGAAGCUGGAGCGGCUCAUGGUGCGCAUCGGGGUCUUCAGCGUCCUCUACACCGUGCCCGCCACCAUCGUCAUCGCCUGCUACUUCUACGAGCAGGCCUUCCGCGAGCACUGGGAGCGCAGCUGGGUCAGCCAGCACUGCAAGAGCCUGGCCAUCCCCUGCCCGCUGCACUACGCGCCGCGCAUGACCCCCGACUUCACCGUCUACAUGAUCAAGUACCUCAUGACCCUCAUCGUGGGCAUCACCUCGGGCUUCUGGAUCUGGUCCGGCAAGACGCUGCACUCCUGGCGGAAGUUCUACACCCGCCUCACCCACAGCCGGCACGGCGAGACCACGGUGUGA